CCUUUUCCUUUACUACUGUACUGUAAUAGUUAAAUGAAAGAAAAAGAAAAUAUAACCAAUCAUACUGAAUUAGAUAAAGAAGAAGAAGAUGAUGAUGAGAAAGAACAAGAUGUGACUACUAAUUUACUCUUACCUUUCUCGAAACUAUUUACUACGACAAAUACAUUGAAAGAAAGACAUACUAAUCAUCUGGAUAUUAUACAUAAUAAAGAGUAUUGUAUGUUUUUAAUAAAUUUAGAUACAAAUGGCAAUACAGCUGCUUUAUGUUAUUUACCGACUCGAGUUAGAGAUAUAAUUGAGAUAUAUCAUACGGAAAUACCUAUUUCUUAUCGAAAUAAAGGUAUAGGAGAUAAAUUAGUAAAGGAAUGCUUACGUUGGGCAAAACAAUCUGGAAAGUUAAUCAUUCCAACAUGUAGAUUUGUACAAAGACAUUUAGAACAACAUGAAUAUGAGAAUCAUGAUGAAUUUAUUAUAAAGGAUGAGAAAGAAGCAUAUAAAAAAAAGUAAUAUCACAUGUUAAUUGUUUGCACACUGAUUCAAUCAAAAAGAUAAUUUCGCACAGAAAUAAAGUAUAAUUCCGCACAUAAUAAUGCUGCAAAAGGUGAUAGUAGAAGUAUCGAAUAAAAUAAUAAGUUUUGUUAUAGAAACUUUGUUACUGUAAAAAAAAUAAAAAAAGGGGGGUCAUCUAGACGAAUAAAUAGAAUUUAUUAUACUUUA